AUGUGCCGUGAACGUGACAGCUUCAGGAGACGAGGAACGGAUACAUCGAAGCUUGAUAAGCUGAUGUUCAAAAGAUGGGCCUAUUCUGCCUACUGUACAUUUUUCCCGGCAGUUACACAGAUCCUUUGCGAUAUUUAUGCCUUCAAUAUCGUGAAGAGAUGGUAUCCGACUACAAUCGCGUGCAAAAGUAGUGGUGGCGUCGAAGGUGGACACUGCCAUCGUCCACAACAUCUGCCACAGGCAGAGAUCUAUCAUCUGAGCCUGAUGAUGUCGCUGGCUGUGGGAGCUUCAUGUGCUAUGUGGGUGCUGUCUCCGAAGACGUUGAUGUCAUGGCAUCGUGUGCUGUGCUGCGGAAUGUGUCGUGCUGCACCUCAGAAACCGGCCACAGCCAACGCAGCUGGUGCCACACGUCCGCUUCUGGAGCCGCCAACAGCACCGCCACCGCAUCCACCGUCGCACUACGUUCCGAUGUCGUCACAUGGUCAGAACGCCUGGCGACCAUCCAAAGUCGUCUAA